AUGACCGAGGCCGAAAUCGACUCGUUAGAGCAUCUUGACGAUGCAGAUUACUGGGACUAUGCUAUAUCGGACGAGGAACUCCAGAUACCUCCUUACAUGAUACCACCGGACCCCGAUGAUAAUGACUGUCUUCCAUCGAGUGUUCAUAUAUCCUAUCCUUACGGGGAUCCAACGAGAUUAACUCAUCCAGCCACACAGCCCAAUCGAGUAGUGGACCCCAAUUCAAGAGCAUUAUAUGAUGAACAGGGUGGUAUAGCAAGUGUAAACACCGGGCUACUAUGGAAGGACUUGGCUUUGGAUCUGUUACUUCCGCAUAAUCCGGCCAAGGAGGAAGCAGCCCGUGCGGCCAAGGCACGGCGAUUGGCUAACGGUGCUCAACAAACGGAUGGUGAAGAAAGUAUCCAGGAGGCAGCAGAUGAGGAAGGAUUCAUUUGA